AUGGCGACCAAGGACCCCGCGGCCACCGGCGGCGAGCCCGCCAUCGGGAUCCCCUACCACCCGGCGCCGGUGGCCCAGGGGCACUACUACUACUCGCCGCCGCCGAACCCCUACGCGGCGGGGAUGCCGCCGCCCAACGCGAUCUACGCCGGCGCGCCCAAGGGGGUGGCGCUCCAGCAGACCAUGUUCCGCGACACGCCCGCGCCCUUCCACUGCCAGGCCUGCGGUGAGGCCGCCGUCUCCUCCGUCCGGUCAAAGCCAAGCCUUGCAUCCGUUGUGGCUUGCAUGAUGCCCUUCAUGCUGGGGGUCUGCUUCCUAUGCCCUUCGAUGGACUGCCUCUGGCACAAGUACCAUUACUGCCCCAGCUGUGGCGAAAAGGUGGGUGAGUUCAGGAAGUCCGACCCGUGCCUCGUCGUGGAUGCGGCCCGGUGGUCCGAGCCGAGCUUCGCCGUGCCUGCGUAG